AUGUCUACCUUACACUAUGACUUCAUCAUCGUUGGCGGUGGUACCGCUGGUAAUGUGGUAGCCGGAAGAUUGGCCGAAAACCCUAAUGUAACGGUUUUGGUUGUGGAAGCUGGUGUUGGAAAUUCUUACGAGAUUGAAGAAAUUACAACUCCUUCCAAUGCGAUGGAGCUCCGUGGAAGUAAAUAUGACUGGGCUUAUAAGACCACUAUGGUUAAGCGUGAUGACUACGAACGUAUUGAAAAGCCAAACACCCGUGGUAAGGCUUUGGGUGGAAGCUCUUCUCUUAAUUACUUCACCUGGAUUCCUGGAUGCAAGCCAACUUUUGACAUGUGGAAAGAAUUUGGAGGGGACGAAUGGACCUGGAAGGCCCUUGUUCCUUAUUUGAGAAAAAGUGCGACAUAUCAUGACGAUGAUAACCUAUAUCCCGAGGAAUUAAAAAAGAUUGGGUCGGGUGGACCUCUACCCAUUUCUCAUGCAGAGCUUUUACCAGAAUUGGCACCCUUCAGGGAAAAUAUUACGAAAGCAUGGAAGUACAUGGGGCUGCCCAUCAGUGAAAACAUUUACGAUGGAGAAAUGAUUGGACUGACCCACUGUGUUGAUUCUAUCUAUCACGGUAAGCGUUCGGGAAGUUUUUACUUUGUGAAAGACAGACCUAAUGUCACUAUUGUGUCAGAGGUUCAUUCCAAAAAGAUUAUUAUUGAUCCAUCAGACAAAAUUGCUAGGGGUGUUACAGUUAUUACUGCCGCCGGAGAAGAGCAAAGUUUCUACGCUAGCCGUGAAGUAAUUGUUGCACAGGGUGUUUUUGAGAGUCCUAAGCUAUUAAUGCUUUCAGGUGUCGGUCCUAAGAAGGAGUUGGAAACACAUGGUAUAGAUGUCCUUGUUGAGAAUUCUCACGUAGGUCAGCAUUUGCUUGACCAUCCUGGAGUUCCAUUUGUAUUAAAAGUGAAGGAUGGGUAUGGUAUGGACGACUACUUGCUUCGUAACGGUCCUCUACAUGAGAAGGCUGUAAAGGAAUACAAGAAUAAAAGUAGAGGCCCUGUUGGAUCGGGCCUUCUCGAAAUGGUGGGGUUCCCUCGAAUUGACGAAUAUUUAAACAAGGAUCCCCUUUACCGGAAGGCUAAAGCGGCCAAUGGUGGUAAAGACCCCUUUUGUCCCGAUGGUCAGCCUCAUUUUGAGCUCGAUUUUGUGAGCAUGUUUGGAAGUGCAUUCCAGUGGCAUUAUCCUACACCUAAGAGCGGCUGUUACACUUCUAUUGUUGUUGAUUUAGUUCGUCCAGUUUCCGAAGGUGGUGACGUCACCCUUAACAGUUCGGAUCCUUUGGAACAGCCUAAUAUCAACUUGAAUUUCUUUGCAGACGAGCUUGAUAUAAUUGCUAUGCGCGAGGGCAUUAGGUUUUCUUACGACCUUUUAACGAAAGGUGAAGGUUUUAAGGACAUUGUAAUUGGUGAAUAUCCUUGGGAAAUGCCAUUGGAUGAUGAUGAACAGAUGAGAAGAGCCGUUCUUGACCGUUGCCAAACCGCUUUCCAUCCAUGUGGUACUAAUAGGUUGUCCAAAACUAUUGAUCAAGGUGUUGUUAGCCCCGAACUAAAGGUUCAUGGAGUUAAGAACCUUCGUGUUAUUGAUGCUUCGAUUAUUCCAGUGAUCCCUGAUUGUCGUAUCCAAAAUUCAGUUUACGCAAUUGGAGAAAAGGGAGCUGAUAUGAUCAAAUCAGCCCACAAGGAUCUUUACAAAUAG